AUGGCCCUCUCCACUACUAUCAAGACCCCCAACGUUACUUAUGAGCAGCCCUUGGGCUUGUUCAUCAACAACGAGUUUAUUAAGAGCGUUGAUGGCAAGACCUUCGAGACCAUCAAUCCCACUGAUGAGAAAGUUAUCACAUCUGUCCACGAAGCCACCGAAAAGGAUGUCGAUAUCGCCGUCAAGGCCGCUCGCGCAGCCUUUGAGGGUGUCUGGCAUGACGUAACCCCCUCUGACCGUGGCCGCAUGCUCACCAAGCUGGCUGAUUUAUUCGAGCGUGAUGCGGAGAUAUUGGCCUCCAUUGAGGCGCUGGACAAUGGUAAGGCCGUCACAAUGGCUAAGGGCGAUGUCCGCAACGCUGCUGGAUGUCUACGAUACUACGGUGGCUGGGCCGACAAAAUCCACGGUCAGACUAUCGAUACCAACAACGAGACCCUCUCUUAUACUCGCCACGAGCCCGUGGGUGUCUGCGGUCAGAUCAUCCCCUGGAACUUCCCUAUCCUCAUGUGGGCCUGGAAGAUCGGUCCCGCUGUUGCCGCCGGUAACACCGUCAUCAUUAAGACCGCUGAGCAGACCCCUCUGUCUGGUCUCUAUGCUUCCAAGUUGAUUGUCGAGGCCGGCUUCCCUCCCGGUGUCAUCAACGUCAUCUCUGGCUUUGGUCGCACUGCUGGUUCCGCCAUCUCUAGCCACAUGGACAUUGACAAGAUUGCCUUCACCGGCUCGACCCUGGUCGGUCGCACUAUCUUGCAGGCUGCCGCUAAGAGUAACCUGAAGAAGGUAACUCUGGAGCUUGGUGGUAAAUCGCCUAAUCUCGUCUUCGAUGACGCCGAUAUCGAUAACGCUAUCUCAUGGGUCAACUUUGGUAUUUUCUUCAACCACGGCCAGUGCUGCUGUGCUGGUUCCCGUCUGUUGGUUCAGGAAGGCAUCCACGACAAGUUCGUUGCCCGCUUCAAGGAGCGUGCUGCCAAGAACCAGCUUGGAAACCCCUUCGAGAAGGACACCUUCCAGGGUCCUCAGGUUUCCCAGCUACAAUUUGACCGUAUCAUGGAAUACAUCGACCAUGGAAAGAACGAGGGUGCCACCCUCACCCUGGGUGGUGAGCGCCACGGUGAUGAGGGCUUCUUCAUCAAGCCCACCAUCUUCACUGAUGUCGAGCAACACAUGAGAAUCGCCCAAGAGGAGAUUUUCGGCCCUGUCAUCGUAGUCCAGAAAUUCAAGGACGAAGCCGAGGCUAUCAAGAUCUCCAACAGCAGCAACUACGGUCUCGCUGCUGGUGUCCAUACCCAGAAUGUCAAUACUGCCAUCCGUGUUUCCAACGCCCUCAAGGCUGGUACCGUUUGGAUCAACAGCUACAACUUGAUCUCCUACCAGGCUCCCUUCGGUGGUUUCAAGGAGUCCGGUAUAGGUCGUGAACUUGGCUCUUAUGCCCUGGAGAACUACACUCAGAUCAAGACUGUUCACUACCGCCUUGGUGAAGCCCUGUUCGCAUAA